CCGACCGCACAAGACGCCGCCAGUCGUCGCCCGGCGCGCCCCCUCCCUCGGAAGGCGCCUCGAGCCGCGAAUCGCGACGGCGAACGAUGACGCGCGAGGCGGACGCCGUCAGGCAGGCCGCGGAGGCGCCGCCCCCGCGCAAGGUCCCCGCGUCCAUGGACAACUUUGAAAAGGUUGAGAAGAUCGGCGAGGGCACCUACGGCGUCGUGUACAAGGCGCGGAAUCGGACGAACGACGACGUGGUCGCGCUGAAGCGGAUACGCCUGGAGCAGGAGGAGGAGGGCGUGCCAUCGACCGCGAUUCGCGAGAUCUCGCUCUUGAAGGAGCUGAAGCACGAGAACAUCGUCAGCCUGAUGGACGUCAUCCACCAAGACAAGAAGCUCUACCUCGUCUUCGAGCACCUCGACGUCGACCUGAAGAAACACCUGGACACGCACCCGCACGUCAGCAACGACCGACGCGUCAUCAAGGGGUACCUGUACCAGAUGUGCGCGGGCGUGGCGUACUGCCACUCGCACCGCGUCCUGCACCGCGAUCUGAAGCCGCAGAAUUUGCUCGUGGACCAGCGCACGAACGUCCUGAAGCUCGCGGACUUUGGACUAGCGCGCGCGUUCGGGAUACCCGUGCGCGCGUACACGCACGAGGUCGUCACGCUGUGGUACCGAUCGCCGGAGAUUCUGUUGGGCGCGCGGCACUACAGCACGCCCGUGGACGUCUGGAGCAUAGGGUGCAUCUUCGCGGAGAUGAUCAACCACGCGCCGCUGUUCCCCGGCGACUCCGAGAUCGACCAGCUGUACCGCAUAUUUCGCGUCCUGGGCACCCCCGACGACGACGUGUGGCCGGCGGUGUCGUCGCUGCCGGAUUACAAACCUCAGUUUCCGCAGUGGAAGGCCAAGGCGUGGAAGGACGUGUGUCCAAACUUGGAUCGCGACGGGAUCGAUCUGCUGAUCAGUCUGCUGCACUACGCGCCGCAUAAGCGCGUCAGCGCGAGGGAGGCGUGCGAGCACCGGUUCUUCGACGAUUACGCGCCCGCGCGCGGCGGCGGCGGCGGCGGGGGGAGUUCGCCCGAGGCGGGAUCGUCGCCGGCGAGUCAGCCGUCGUCGAAGCGGUCGUCGGGGGGCGAGACGGAGACGGACGCCGCGGGGGAGGAGACGGAGUGA